AUUCGGCAAUUUCCGUCGAGCCAGCCGGCAGUGUCACUCAACAACACCCAUGAAGCCACAAUUCGCUCUUAGCAUGGCUUCCACUUCAUUGCCGCACAGGGUACAAGUAUGGAAAUCAUCUUCUUCCUAAGAUUUCUUUGACCACCUCAAACACUACUCGGGAAUUUUGAAUACAAGUUUUGGGGUAACGUCUCUGUUAAUGGCCAGUCAUGGAUGACGACGACAGCCCGGAUGAGCUGAUAAACCGCAGGGUCCACAGCAAAAGAGCUGUUGCAUCAUGGGAUAUUUCAGAUGACUCGGAUGACUCUGACAGUGAUGAGGAAGAGGAAGAAGAUGAUGGUGAUGAAGGCGGAGGAGAAGGAAACGAAGAGGAAGAUGUUGAGGAUGAGGAAGAAGAUGCGGAAGCACAUGAUGGCGUUUUAGGCGAGACAUCUGCAGCCAUUGCAGCCAUGAGCUCCGACGAGGACGCAGAUAAAUGUCCCAUCUGCUUGAACUCCUUCAGCAGUCAACCUGUGGCAACACCAGAGAACUGUCAGCACUAUUUCUGUCUCGACUGCAUCCUUGCUUGGGCAAAGAAUGCUAACUCCUGCCCAGUGGACCGUAUUGUAUUCAGUAGCAUAUACCUCAGAAAAUGUUAUGGUGGCAAAGUGCAGAAAAUGAUUACCGUACAAAAACCCGUGAAGGGAAACGAGGAGGUAAUCGUAGACUUGGACUUGGAUCAGACCAAUUGCGAGGUGUGUCAAGGCAGCGAUCGAGAGGACCGUCUUCUGCUCUGUGAUGGCUGCGACGCUGGAUACCAUAUGGAAUGUCUCACACCACCUCUGGACACUGUUCCUGUUGAGGAAUGGUUCUGUCCUGAAUGUGUUGCCAACAACAAUAACUCUGAACAAGCGAAUGGGACCCUCAGCCUCCCUUCGACGGCCCAUCCAACCACCAGUCAAAACCAGUCCCGAGCUGCCGGUCCUACAAGAGCUAUCGCCCGCACUCAGCACAGUGAGCGGGUUCGGGCCAAUGUGAAUCGACAUCGCAUUACACAGGCACGCACACCGCAGCUUGCGCCCACAUACCUGAUGCAGUCUACUUGGCUGGAUGAUACUAUUAAUGCAGUGGUAGCUGGGCUGAACACAGCUGUAUAUGUAAGGGACCUCACACCUCGCGCUCCAUCCAGACGCAGGCGCAAGACUGGAACACGCAAAAAGAAGACGUCCUCUGCAAAGGGUAAAAAAGGUCAUUCAAAAGUCAGGAGGAGACGAAAAGUGAGGAAGACUAAAUCCAAAAAAACUCUGGUGGGGAAAAGCCGCAUUGCCAAUAGUCUCGGGAUGUCAAAGGACAAGAACUGUUCACUUCCUACAGUGUGUCGACCUUCAGAGCACACGCUAAGCAGCAUGCGAGCUGACAUAGGAGCUGCAUCCCUUUCCAUCCACGGUGAUCCUUUUGACUUGGACCCGUUCAUAGAUUGUGACGAGGAUGAACAUGAAGAAAGCGUUACAUCGCUGUUGCAGGCCAAGAGACGAGGGAUCUCUCAUUCUGCCUUUCGCUCCCACCAGCCUGUUGCUCGACCUGUUGUUGCGAGCCUUUCAAGACUCGGUGUGGACAUUCCCCAAACUGGAGGUGUUGUGGAGGCAGCACCAGUGCCUGACCUGUUGGGUAGCAUCCUGUCGGGGCAAAGCCUGCUCUUGAUGGACAGCUCGGGUGUUGUCAUCAAUCGUGAUGGCUCUCUUAAAGCCACAGAAUCAACAAGUUUGUCUGCAUUGAAGCCAGGUUUAAGAAGAAGCAGUAGCAGAGAGGAAUCCAGUGCUCAAAUCCAGGCAGUGACCGCACCCAGCCUUGGAGAACCUUUUUCCAAUCACCACAACAGUGAUCUGCCAGGAUCCUCCCAUAGCACUUCGACCAGGCCUUUCUCCCAGAGUUCUUCUUGGAUACCCUCGGCUGUCAACCAUAUCCAACCCGGUCAACAUCAUGAUUUGCCUCCGAGAGGUCAUUUGCGUUUGCAGCAACCUCUUACAAACAGACCCUCUCCAUCUUUUAGUGUCAAUGGGGCCUCCAGGAACCCUGACCAUGCCCCCAAAAACAAAACACCAUCUCUAAAAUCCCAACCUACAAAAACGCCUGUAAAGCCAAUGUGGGUGGAUGUGUCCAUCCUUCCAAAGAUACCAAAAAUAAAACGAGAAAGCAACGGUGUAGCAAAAAAUGGUGUAAUAUCCACUAAUAAAGGCAACCGUAAUUCUCCUACCAGGAAUAAUACUUCCGGCCUACCCGAGACGGCCUUGAUCAGCUUUGCAGGAGACAAGAACAGGAAGGAACAGGUUGUCCCACAGAACAGCAACAAUGACCGCCAGCCUCAAAGGCAAAGAGCUGGAUCGUCACAAACCUUUUCCAACUCAUUUUCUUUUUCCUCCUCCGCUGACUCUCAACUGGGGAAUUCAUCAGUAUCCUCAUCUUCAUCUACCAUUAGCUUCCGCAUUAACUCCAGUGGUAACUCGUGGCAUUCAAGGCGGCUCAACCUCCCAUUAUCAUCUGCAAGUGGAAGCAGCACCAAGAAUGACGAAAGAGAAAAGACUGAGAUGAGAAAAAGAGAUAAGCAAAUGCUGUUGGCGUCACCCACGGCUGUCAGUAAAAAAGAAGAGUUAAAUAAUAUAUAUGACCCUUUUAAUCCCACUAAUUCGGACUCUAGCACCUCGGACAAUGAAGGUGAGAGCUCUGGCAGCUGCUCCAACCAAUUAAAUGCAGUUUCCGGUCCAGCGUUCAUUCGAGAUGUAGCGCAAAGUAAGAAGCUUGUUCGAGUAAAAGUCGAAACGCAGGAGAAUGCGAUCUCACAGGAAGAGUCAAGGAUUCCUAAUUUACAGACGUCACCACAGGUGGCGAGUUCAGGAGUUUUGAAAGUGAAAAAGGAAUCUGUGUGGGCCGACACAAAGACCGACAAUGGAACAGCACUGAGCGGCAUCAAGGUAAAAAGAGAACCAGGGCUUUCUGAUUCGGGUGAAGACACAACCAGUGUGAAAGAUGGUUUAAGUUGGGAGACACCGGACACCAUCUUUUUACCGGUUCCUCAUAGUCUGGACCAUAUAAAGAGAGAAGAGGAAAGCGGACAGAAAAACGUGGAUUUUUCAGGCUGUGGCUCAUAUUCCAUUAAGAGGAAACUAAAGGAGGAAAUCAAAUGUGAGUCCGGGUCUCCACCAAGAGAUUUGAGCCAUGAAAAGCACAACUCCAACACACUUCCAUCUAAGCAGCAACCCUGUAGUUCAAGCACUUCAGAGUCAGACAGAGACAAGACGAAAGACCGUCAUGUGUCUCGCCAGGGAGACCAGAGCAAGAAAAUGGACGUAGAAAGUUCUUCUAGGUGGUCACGGUCCCAAGAGAAGAGGGCACGCUCUUUAUCAGAAAGUUCUCUGUCCAGUUCUCCUGUGAGAUCUCAAAAAAAGCCAAAACAGGAGUCCAGGUCUGGUUCCAGCUCCAGCAGCAGAGAGCGUUCAAGGAGGCAGCACCCUACAGGAAACAGCAAAGAAAGAACAGAUGACAGAAGAAGAGCGUCAAAAGACAACAGACGUGUUCGGUCUAGAUCCAGAUCCCGGUCCAGAGGUAGAUCAAAGGACCAGAGACGUGGACGCUCGCGCUCUAAAUCCCUGUCAACAUCACGAUCCAGAUCCAAGGAGAGAAGGAAAGAGCACACAUCAUCUCAACAUCGCAAGAUGGAGUCUCAAUCGAAAGACAAACGAAGACCCAGAUCCAGAUCAAGUUCAAGAGAGAGAAGGAAAACAGAGGGUUUGUCCAAGAGUUUGCAGAAAACCUCAAGUUCCUCAAAGGACGUGAAAAAAGAGAUCAGUGUCUCUCACGGUUCUAUAAAAGAGGAAAAGGUUACUGAAGUCAAAAAAGAAGUGUUCGAGUCCACCAUUGAAACUAAAGUUAAAAAGAAAAGUGACAUGGCAGCAAUUAAGAAAGACAUAGAGAAAGAAGUGUGGUCAUCCAUUGGUAUGUUUGAACAUUCUCCCAUCACCAAACACACCAACAAUGAAGAUACACCUUUAAUCAUCUGUCACGAAGGCAUCAGAGAAGAGCCGUUUGACAUAGAGUUAUGUCAAACGUUAAAGACAGAAGCCCCCGUGAAAGAACCUGUCCACGUAGAGUUACAUAAAACGAUAAAAACAGAAGCAAUUUGGGAAACUACCAAAAUAAAAGCAGAGCCCAUGUCGUUAGAACUUCCUGUCCCCUCACAUCACACAUCAGGCAUCAAGCAGGACCAGGAUGCACCAAACCAGUCUCAGUGCAAAGCGGACAAAGCAAACACAGUUGGGUUGAAAGCACCCGUCAAGCAAGCCUCUGAAUCUGAUGAGGAUCCCACCAUGUACGUUGAUCUUCCCAACCUGGACUGCGUGAAGGUUGAGAAGACUGAAGACUCGGGUUCUAAUGUCAAACAGGAGGACGGCAAACAAGAAGGGAAGGUUGAGGUUCAACAGGUGCCGCCUCCAUUGGCAGCCAAAGCUAAGAUUCAAGGGAAGAGGGUCACCUGGAAUAUACAAGAACCUGAUGGAUCACAACCAGACAAGUCUGCGAGCAAGCUGGCUCUGUAUAAAUUAAAGCUGAAGCAGGAAGCAGCUCGGAGACCCCCAUCCGCUAUACAGACCACCAGUCAGUCGCAGGACACAAGUGGACCCGGCUCGGUCGGUGAUUCAUCCAAGAGAGAUGGUGCCGCUUCGCUGUCUGCACACUCAAGCUCUCAGGAGUAUUUGAAGAAGCUUCACAUGCAGGAGCGAGCGGUUGAAGAGGUGAAACUCGCCAUCAAGCCUUUCUACCAGAGGAGAGACAUCAACAAGGAGGAAUACAAAGACAUUCUACGCAAAGCUGUACAGAAGGUGUGCCACAGCAAGAGCGGGGAGAUUAACCCGGUUAAGGUGGGCAAUCUGGUCAAAGCAUAUGUGGAGAAAUACAAACAUGCUAGGAAACAAAAGAAACCCGAAGCUAAGAACACAAAAACGGCUGAUUGAUGACCCAUCAACUUUUGCAGUUAGGUUUCUUUUCUUCAUCACUAGACAAACGUCUUUCUGUAUUUUGCCGGGAUGUAGUAUUUUUGUGUUUCACAACUCAGAAACGUAAUGGUGGUUAUUGAGUUAUUUUAAGUAUCACUGAUUAUCUGCACUGCGAGGAUGCAGUGUAACUUUUUGUCUUACCAGCGGCCAACGCUAUACUUUUGGGUCACAGACCGAUUGAAAGUUGCUACUAAAACAGGUUAUGAAAAGUCACUGUUAUGCAACAUUUUAUAGAAAAAUCCGUAGAAUAAAGAGUUUGACAUAGCUUGUAAAUAAUUUAGGUUUAAUUACGUGAAUAUUUCUUUGUCCAAACACUAUCUGUGACAUAAAUGACUUGAAUUUAGUUAACAUUGUUUUUUUUCUGUCACUACAUUGUAACAAGUCACAUCCAACACAACACUGGUAAACUGCGGCCGUGAGUUUUCAAAUAAAUUAUUAAGUAAUUUUUCUCAACUGCAUUUUUCUUUUGAUUUGAGCUACUUUAGUAUUUCAAGUAAACCAGAUGACACUUUUGGAGCCGACGACUGCCAUGUAGACUGUUGGCUUUAACGUAGAACUAGACCUUUAUAGACCUUUACAUUGACAGUAUAUAUGGAAUAGAACAUAGCAUUUUCCAGCAGAAGUAUGUACAGUAUGUAUUGAAUACAGGUAUUUAUACGUUUCAUUUACAUGUUUUGUUUGCAGAGUGGCCCUCUUCAUUUAUUUAGUUAAAGUUACUAUCAUGAACAGAUCUUAGUAAUAUUAACUUUUCUCUUCCUUUUUAUUGAGUACUUAUACACACUGCUACCAUAGAUGUAGUCCUAUUCUAAAAUGUGGUAAUGUCUUAUACUGAUUAUUUUUUUUUGCUUUGGCCAAAGUGAAUCAGAUGUUACAAAGACCAAGGUUAUAAAUAAAUCCCCUCCAGUUUAAGAAAUCUUCUCCCAUAAUAGCAACAUUUUUCCUCCCAUUUUCAGCUUUUCCCUGUAAGGGGGCGCCACAGAGUCAAUUGCAUGAUUGGUUUUGGCUUGGUUUUUACACUGGAUGUGUUUAUGACAAAAGCCUAGCCAGGAAUUGAACCUAGUCCGAGUCAGUCUUUGGGAAUAACUUUGCUCUGAAGAUAAGAGACUCUUGGGACUAAAUGUGUACAAAAUUCAUGGAACCAAUACGAAAUGGGCGGCAUUAAGUAUUGGGGUUAAAUCUCAGGGUACCUCAUGAUACAAUAUGAUACGCAAAACAUGGCUCACCAUAAUAAUGAAAUAUCUUAAUAUAGGGUGAAAUAAGCUGGGAUAGGCUCUAAAGUAAAUAAAGUACAUUUAAAUUAUUAUUGUGUACAGCAUUUAUGGUUAUAGAGUGAAUAAAGUCAUCCAAAAUACAAGUAGGUUUACUCAUUUUAUUUUUAUUUGCAAAUGACAAAUAUCCCAACAGUUUAGCUUAAACUUAGCUUAACUUGAGCUGAACGCAGUUGUUGGCGGGCUGUAGUUAGACGCUAUGAAAUCAAGAAGGGAGAAGCUGUUAGAGAAUUGAAGGCUGACAUUGGCGCUGUUCAGGGACGACGCUCCUUCUGUCUGGGCCAUCUCAUGAUGGUUUUGGAGGAUCAGUGGGACUACCUGGGGAGAGAGAUGUUUUUUUUUUUUACGGCAAUUUGAAAAAUACACAAUAUGUGAUAUCACACCUCACCUGGACAACAAUAAGCUUCUUCUCCAAUGGUUUUCCAUCAGGGAACGUCUCCCCAAAACACAUGGUGAUAGUAUAGUUAGGAGAACUUCCCUUUUUCUCACGAUACUGUUUCAAUUCUGAAAAAAUAAACAUAAAAUUAAUUUAAUAGUGUCAUAUAAUGUAUAAAAAAAAUUGUGAAAUCCACACCCACCGUGAAAAAACUUUGGAAAACUGAUGAGCUCCACCAUGGUGUUUUGGGGUAAUUUUCUGGGCUUUGCUAAAGCCAUGUUGGAGUUAUCAGUGCUGGCAAAUACCCGACAAGUAUCCUGCCUGGUUGCAUAAAUACCAGACUCCAGCACCAUAAGGAGGAGACCCCUCUGGAUGCUGUUCAGGAUGCUGUUGGUGUACUGAAUCUGGUGGAAGACACCUUGUGGUUAGAAAAAGUAAAUAACUAAAGAAGGGGUUAGGGCUUGGAAGAGUUAGGGUUAGUGUUGGUGGAAGACUAGAUCAAAGACUAGACCCAGACUAGACCAAAAGUGAUUUAGGAUUUUGCACUUAUACACCACCUCGGUUUUCAUUUAACGUCUAGUUUAAUGACUUGAAUUGAGAUCCCUUGCGAUGCAGGGAAGCUAGAAACACUCCCAGGGACCAGGGAGUGAUGUCGGCUCCCAGCAUGCCUUGCACAAGUACAAUAAUUCUACGCUGGUUAAUGUAUCACAACAUAUCAGUUGCCAGGUACUGAGUAAUUAUACCCCUCAGCGUAAAGCCCUCAAAAGUUUGGGAUCACUUGGACAUUUUUUUUGGGCCAGUCUGAGCUGUUUUUUUCUUGGCAAUCCUGCCAUGAAGUCUGAAGUCCUGAAGUCGCCGCUUCACUGUUGAUACUGACACUGGUGUUUGACGGCUACUAUUUAGUGCGACCUGUGAGGCGUCUUUGUCUUAAACUACACAGAUAUUUGUCUUCUUGCACAGUGGUGCAGCGUUUUUCUGUCCUUGUUAGACCCAGUUUGUGCUGCUCUCUGAAGGCAGUAGUUAACAGCAUGGUAAGAGAUUUUAGUUUGAAUUUAGAUCUUUAGAUGUGUUUUCUAGUCAUAAUAGCCUUAUAAAAUGAUUAACUUGUUGAUAGUAGGCCUCUACAAAAAUGUAGAUUGUUCUUUGAAAAUCAUCUGAUUAAUUAUAAUUGUUUGUAAAAUGCAUGAAAAUUUGUUUUUCUUUGGAAAAUGAAGAAAUUUGCAAGUGAUCCCAAACUUUUGAGCGGUAGUGUACAUUUUUUAUAAGUGUUUUCUGCACGGUUUUAAUUCAUUACCUGUUUGUGGUCUUUGAGGCCCUCGGUGGUGGGAAAACGGAGUGGAAAGUAGUCGACGGGUGCCUGGUGGAGGUGGUGGAGUUGGAGACUAGCUGUGUUCACGCGGAUCUUUAGCAUUUGUUUGUUUCUGUAGUGGAUGGACACCUCCAGGUCGAUACUCAGAAACUGAUGCCGAUCUGGAAAUACUGGAAAAGCAACCAAAGAAACAUGAAAUAUGGCAAGCUUAGAAACAUGAUGAUGUACUGAAGAAACUGUAUCCUGACUGGGCUUGGCUAGAACUCUUCAAUGACAAAAUCUUGACAAAAAGGAAGGAAAUGCUCACUUGGUAAAAUAUGUGUGGGUUGCUCGGCUAUUGCAGCAACGGAAACGAUUCCCUGCUCAGUUGGAUGUUGUUGGACAUAUUCUGUUGGCAUGCAUCAGAGACAUAAAUGCAGUUAAGAACAAUUUAAGAAUGAUCAUAUUUGUUAUAUUUUAUACUCAUCCAUAUGUGAUUAUGCAGUACCUGUACCAAGCUCUACAACCAUGGAAUUAUUGGCAAAUUCUUGCUGUUUUUAGAGAGAAACACAGAAUCCAUCAUUAGCACAGACAUCUAUUUUAAUAUAAUCAAUUUGGAAGCAGUUUUAUUGUAAAAGGACCUCUGGGGGGGCCCUGUAGAGGUCCUCCAUUUGGUCAUGAGUUGGUAUACUUUCUUGGUUCGCUGCAAAUUUAAAAUAAACAAACGUGAAUGUCAAAUAUUUGCAUUGACAGAAUAUGAUAUAAAUAGAAAGUGCAUUACCCUUAGUGUUAAUAAUCUCAUAGAUUUUAUGUGGAUUAUCAGACUUGGAGUUAUCUUGAAUCAGUUUGAAACACUCAAGGUUGUGGAGGUUACAGCGGAAGUUGGUUUUCCAUCUGGCCUUAUUAUUCGGGAAGUCCUUGAUUUUACCACUGACCACUGCCCAUUCCUGUCAAUCAUAACCAUUAAGACGUCAGGUUGAAAUGCAUCGGCGCAAAUAUUACAUUCUUCUAAAAUAUGCUACUGGGAUUCUUUGGAAUUAUGUAAAAAGUUUCCUCAGAAUUGGUAGGGAUGGGUAUUAUUAUUUUUAAACAGAAAAUGCAUGCAAAACAAUAAGUAGUAACCCGCAAGGCAUGCUGGGAAGUUACCCAGCAUGCCUUGCGGGUAUUACACAUUAGCAUAAAACACUAUGUGCGAGUAAGAGUGUAAAUAAACAGAAAAUGCAUGCAAAACAAUAAGUAGUAACCCGCAGGGCAUGCUGGGAAGUUACCCAGCAUGCCUUGCGGGUAUUACACAUUAGCAUAAAACACUAUGUGCGAGUAAGAGUGUAAAUAUGGCUCACUCCUGAUCACAAAAUGACAAGAAUUGACAUUUUGACUCUUGGCUUUUAAAGUAGAGCUUCAAAAUGCGAGAAGCGUGACAAAUAAUUUUUUGAGUAGGCGAACAACCAUUAACGUGAAAUAGGCUGAUCAUCAGCCCAGCCUUUAAAAGACAAAAUCGUGGCAAAAAUGUGGAUUCAAUGUUAUUUUCUGUUGACAAAAUCUCAUGUCAAUAUCUGAGCUAAUAAGCUAACUGCUCUUCCUGGUCGGUACCACGUGCGUUGACAAGUUCAGUAGAGGAAGUGAGACCUACACGAAAUAGUUUAGUGUCGGCAGCGCUGCAGUCCUUUCUCGAGUUGUGCUUCCAGGGAAUUCGGAGCAUGUUUUGAGCGACGAAGCACAAUCCCUCGUACUGGCCCAUGUUUACUUGAUGGAUGAGCCAGUUGGCAAACUGCGGCUUGGGAGGACUACAUGAGACGAAACAUGACGGCUUAAUCAGUACUCGUUCAUCUCGGACUGAACAGUCAAUAGACUUGAAGAGACUUGCAUAGACACAGGAAACAUGAACAGGAACUAGCAAUAAAAACACCAUCAACCACAAGAGCGAGAAAAAUUCUCCUUACCGUUGCAUUUCUUAAAAGAUGGACACUUUCAGGCGGCGUUUAUCUGGUUCGUUCUGACAGCGUGGUGUGAUUUUUAUAGACGAGACACGGCAGUGGGAGGACACCACUUCCUGUGGUAUUCCCUGCGUAAGGGGGCGUGUUUGCUGUGUCAUGGCUGGAUUUAAACCACCAAUGAGGCCCCUCCAGGUGUACAAAUUGGCGGCAUUAGAGGGUGUUUUCCAGUAUCGGGAAGAAUGAAUGGGGAAUUUCAGUAUCGGAGGAUAAUUAAAGUUCAGACAAAACCUGUUUUCUUGCAUCAUAUGUUGGAAUCGAUUGUAAAAGGACUAUUUUUAUACCAUAGUUUCAGGUGUCAAAAGAGAGAUAUCAGGACGGAUAGCUGGAUAAACAAGUCAAUGCACUGUAUGGUACAGUAGUGAUGAAAUCAUAAUGCAUUUCAUGCAAAUAUAAUGAAACCAAAAAGCUGAAAUAUUGAUACUAAUAACUCUAUUCAGUACACCUCUGCUAUUAGUGAUGGUUCCUUCCUAGGCCAAUUCCGAAAGGCGAAAGUAAUGCAUGCUGGGUAACUUCCAGCAACUUCCAGCACUGUUUUUUGGGGGCUUUUUUUUGUAGUACAAUGCUAUUGAUGUAAGAUCUUAAGUGAGUUUGGUUUUCAAGAAAAGCAUUGAAAUGGCUAGAUACUCACUCUUAAAUUAUACUUUUAUGAGCUAUUUUUGCCACGGUUAUUAUAUUUAAUAAAAACAAAUGUACCUUUAGUUGUACCAGGCAUUAAGGCUGGUCUAAUAUUCUUUUUCCAUGACUUGCAGCUGUUCAUCCGCUGAUCCAAAGGUUAAGACAACAGCCUAUUUCGGUACGAGGUACAUUAUUUUAAAAAUAAAUAAAUAAAUAAAAACAAAAAAAACAUUUAAACAUGCAUCAGAUUAGUAACUGUUACAUUUGUUCACUUCCUGCUUUCCUAAUAUAGUUUAAGUUUAUUUAUUUAUUCAUUUAUAUUAUUUUUGUCAUGUACUGAAGUACGAGGUGAUAUGACCAUACAUACCUUGCAUAUAAUAAUCGUACUUUGGUACAGGACAAAAAAGUACAAAAAUAAAAAAUAAAUUAAUUAAUUAAAGAAUAAUAAAAAUUAAAAAACAAUGGUACCCAUUAUGUCAUUGUAUGGUCAUAUCACCUUGUACUUCGGUACGGGACAAAAAAUAACAACAUUAAAAAAAAAAACUUAAACUGUAUUAUGGAAAGCAGGAAGUGAACAAAUAUAACAGUUACUGAUUGUAAAAGUACCAGAUGGAGGGGUAGGAUUUAAUAAGCUUUGCUUCUUCCUACUCCUUUUGGACAUGUGGAACUGGGAACUGAUUAUGUGAUGCAUUCAAUUGUAAUCUGAUGCAUGUUCAAAUGAAAUCAAACCAUUACCAUUACCAUUACCGUUGCCUUUCAAAGUCAAAAUAUUGGCAAAAAUUGGGUUUCUGUGUCAUUUUUCUGUCAAAUAUUCACACUCAUAAUCUCUUGAUGCACAAAGCAAAUAAUAUAAGCAAGAACUCGGAGCUUGCAGACAUCUUUGGACUAAGUAUGGAUACCAUAAAAGUAGCAAUAUCCAAUGCUGCCCAUGAUAUCUGUCUGACCUUUAACGCUCACCAAAAUAACAUCCAGUGAAACUACUUAAAUGCUUGUGAUGAAUGUGUCAAUAAGGGGACUUUUGGCAUCAGUGCAGGUGUGUUGUGCUACUCUAGUGUACAUAUUUAAGUGUGUAUUAAUAACUGACAGUGUGAGAGACCACAGUGCUUGCACAAAAGCACUACAUCACAUAAUUUAGCUUCUAUUGACGUUUAUAGCGCUAGUAGCGUGGGCGAUCUAUAUGUCCAUUUUCCAUCCUCAAUCAUCCAUUCAUUCAAUUUUUAUGCCCGAUUGCCCGAAUUCUUAUCCCGACUAGGGUGGCGGGGGUUAUGCUGGAGCCUAUCCCAGCUGACACCCUGGACUGGUGUGCCAGUCAAUUGUGUAUUUUUGUGUUUAAAUGUGCAUGCCAGUUCAUCCAACAAACCAUAGCAGAGGUCCUUCUCUUCUGUCUCUCACAUGCAAUGGAGAUGUCAGUAAUACAGAAGUGAAGCAGCCUUGAUUGGAACACUUCCCUAUUCCUGCCUAUUAGAACCUUACAUAGAUGCUCCCUGUUGAGCUUGCAAUCAUUUGUUUGAAGUAUCCCAACACUAACAUCACAAAUGGUCACUUUUAAAUGUUAAGUUUAAAUGUUAAGUUUGACUCACAACCAGGUGGCUUCGGGUUUGAAUCUCCCCUGAGACGUCUCUGUGUUAAAUUUGCAUGUUCUCACUGUUCUCGUAUGGGUUUUCUAUCUCCUCUUGUUCCUCCCAGACACCCCCCCCCCCCCCCAAAAAAAAAAAUUGCAUGUCAACAAAGAAUCAUUGAAAUGACAUAUUACUGUUUUAGGCUUA